UCAACGUCUUCCCUUAUCGCUAAUUAUAAAAAGGAACUACCAAGUACCAACCUUUCCGGUAACUUUAAGAAACUACCAAUCUAGUCUUUACCAGUCCAGCUUUCCUCAUUUCUCAGACGAAACUCUGAUCUUCGCUCCGACCCGAUAUUCAAAUCUCAGGGUUUUUAAGUAUUGUGCUUUUCUUGUUUUGAAAUCAAGUUGAAGCAAAAAUGUUUAGCAAAGUGUUUGGGAAAACCAAGCAGGAAGCUAAUCCCCUGCCAACCUUACACAAAUUAAAUGAGACACUUGAGAUGCUGGAGAAGAAGGAGAAGUUCCUUGGGAAGAAGGCAGCUGCAGAGGUUGAGAAGGCAAAGCAAUUUACGCAAGCAAAAAACCGAAAUUCUGCAAUAAAGUGUUUAAAGAGGAAGAAGCUUUAUGAACAGCAAAUUGAACAACUUGGAAAUUUCCAACUGCGCAUUCAUGAUCAGAUGAUAAUGCUGGAAAGUGCCAACGCUACAACAGAAACAGUUGAUGCAUUGAGAAGUGGAACAGCUGUAAUGAAGGCCAUGAACAAGACAACAAAUAUUGAUGAUUUGGAGAAAACAAUGGAUGAGAUCAAUGACCAGACUGAAAGUAUGAAACAGAUUCAGGAGGCACUGUCGGCGCCUGUUGGUGCUGCAGCUGAUUUUGAUGAAGAUGAAUUGGAAGCAGAACUUGAAGAACUGGAAGAAACUGAGUUGGAGGAAGAGCUUAUCCAACCAGCCACAACUGCUCCUGCAACUUCAGUUAGUGUAAAUGUCCCGGUCGGCAGGCAGCCAACCAAACCAGCUCCUCAGAGAGUUAACCGUGAGGAAGAUGAGCUCGCUGCAUUACAGGCAGAGAUGGCCCUUUGAGAGGUUUUCCAUAUCCAGUUAUUAGCAUACAGUUGGAGAAAUUAAUAAGCCGAGUUAUUGAGGAUGAUGCUGUACAACUCGGACUCCCUAGCCUAACUAGUGAAAUUUUAUUACUACAUCAUCGUGAGGAAUCAGGACACAUUGUAUAGAUAACAUUUAACUUGUUAAGCGGAUAAAUUUGUGUGCACUAGUAAUUUACUUGGUCAAUUAGUUCUCAAUGACCAAUUACUGAAUACCUUUAUGAGUUGAUCUCGGCCUCUGUGAAUAGCUAGUUUUCGGAUUUGAGAA